AUGCUUAUGAACAAGGGAAUGCUAAGCCCAAGUCGAUACGUGUCAGCCAAAGAAAGUCGGCCACGUUUCUCUACGUCGUUGGUCAUGCCGCUUCAAGCAGACAAGUACAAGAACGAUUUCAACGAAGUGGUUUUGUCGGCUAUGGUCAGGUUGUACCCAACGGUCAUGCGUCCCCCUGGGAGCAGUAUUCCGUGGGAAAUUCACUCGAACCCCAAGAUGUUUCCAUUUUUCAAGGGCAGCGUCGGCGCCCUUGACGGCAUGCACGUACCGGUGAUCCCUCCGCCAUCUGGAGCAAAGCCGUUUCGAAAUCAAAAGGGUUAUAUGAGCCAGAACAUCCUAGCGGCGUGCACAUUCGAUUUGAAGUUUACUUACGUAUUGGCUGGAUGGGAAGGUUCUGCAUCAGAUGGGCGUGUUCUCGAGGAUGCGCUGCUGAACAAAGGAUUUGUUAUUCCCCCGGGAAAGAUGUAUCUUGGUAAUCAGAAGACCCAAUCUCCUAAAGAGUUGUACAACCUCCGCCAUGCUCAGCAACGUAACUGUAUCGAGCGCAUCUUUGGCGUGCUUAAGAAGAGGUUCCGUAUCCUUGUAACCGCACCGGAGUACCUAUUCCCAAGCCAAGUCAACCUCGUCUACGCUCUAUGUGCCAUGCACAAUAUCAUCGACGGCCUUGAAAGCGAUAGACAUUACCUAAACAAGGCUGAGCGAGAGCGAUACCUGGGGGUGGAAGGGAAAAUUCCCCCGUCGCCAUGGCUCCAUCCAAAAGCAACGCCAGACGCGCUCAUUGAGCGCGUAUUGUCAUCGGAAAACGUAGGCCAGAGCAUUUUGGCUGUCGAGAUAUUGGGCGCCAAAGUUGGCGUGUCAAAUGAGCCUAGUAGAAACAUCUCGAAACAUGAUCAUUACACGAUUGUUCAUCGCCCCCAAACUGCACCCUCUAUGACACUACCCUCACUAUGCAUGCAUGCCCCAUCAACGUUCGUUGCGUCGAGCCUCGUCCCGUCGACGCGCCGCGAAGUGCAAGCACCCACAUCCGCUCCGAUGAACGUCAAGCAAUGUACGAAACACUGCUUGGCGUUUCAUCGCAAGGCGUACUACCCCGGAUCCACGAUCCAUUGUUCGUGUUGCUGCCCAAUUCGGUUGCCACGCGCUAACUGUGUCGCGAAUUUGGUCGCGCGGACUGCAGUCCAUCCAAGAGGGACGCAUGUGUGCGGAUGUCGCUUCGAGAAUUCGCGGUAA